GGAUGGGUGUUUUCAUUGAUGACAGAUGCAACUCCUCUCCUGUCCCUUUUACUAUAGCCAGGUGCACUGACAGAGCUUCUCGGAGUGCUCCCCUGCCCAUUCCUCCUCAUAGACGACUUGAGUGCACACGAUCUGCUGAGGGGCUUGGCUACUACAUCUCCAAGGGUCAAAUUAUUGAGUGCCCUGUCCAUUUGGAGACUAUUGCAGACUCAAUUCAGUGGAAAGUGGCUACAAAUUUGUGUUCCAAUGACUACUUCCAAUUGUGUAUCUGCGUGCUGACUCAGACGGAAGUUGACAGGAGGCCAUAUCUCCGACAUUACCUGAAUCACACCAUUCCAGAAUGUUGGAUCAGAAGAGGAGGAGCAGCUGAACAACUUCAUUGCCAGUUGGCCUCCCAGGUCACAAGACCUCACACUUUGGGACUUUUAUUUGUGGGGUUACGUGAAGGACUGUGUUUUUACCCCCCCUAUGCCUGACACUCUUGAAAGUCGGUGACAUCACAUUGUUGAAGCCAUGAACUCAAUAACAGAGACCAACUGCUUCAUGUGUGGCAGGAAAUGAGCCACCGUUUUGAUAUUUGUCAUGUAACACAUGGUGUUCACAUUGAAUGCAUAAAAAUUUGAACUUUUCUCUUUUCAGGAACAUUAGAAUUGUGUUUCCAUCUUUCGUAGUUUGGAAGCAAUAAAUGAUUGAAAUCUAUUCCUUCCUUUUGAAUAGCCCUGGAUAACAGAUUCUUAUGAAGAUGUUAAUUUUGUCUGUGAUACAAGCCCGUUGUCAGAAAAUUUCAGCUUCUUUUCGAUGCAAUAUGUCCAGAACAACCGUGGGAUGCAGUGCAUAUUGGAAUUUGUCUUUUAACCAAACGAAGAAAUAUUCAUCAGCAAAAAACUGGUAGAUGUGCUCAUGACUUUUGAUAACAUGAGAUUCCCAAGGUGAUGUUUCUGUCGGGUUUCUUGUUCACUUGCUAAAUGAGAAAAGGAAAGUUCUCUAUUGCUGUAAUUCAAUCACAGAACCAUGCAUCAUCAUAUGUAAUAAUGAACAUAACA